UCUCUCUCUCUCUCUCUCUCCUGUUGAGAGGCAAGCCAGUUUCCUGCUGGCUGUGAGAGAGAAGAGAGGCUAAGCUGGAGAGAGAGAGAGAGAGAGAGAGAGAGAGAGAGAGAGAGAGAGAAUUAACAACCUUCGAUAUCUCAGUCACAUUGAACCAGGGACUCCCAGGACUCACGUGGCACAGACAGACAGACGGACAGAGCCCCUACUCCCCAGGCAGGACAAAAUGGACUCCAAAGACAGGAAGAAGAUCCAAUUCUCAGUGCCAGUGACGAUACCGAGCCAACUGGACCUGCACGCCGUGGAGAUGAUCCGCAGGCGAAGGCCAACCCCAGCCACCCUGUUCAGAGUGUCAGAGAACUCGCCCCCCGAAGAAGAGAGCUCCACACACCAGUGGGUGCUGGGGGAGAACGGGGUCCUGAAACCCAAACGACCAAACCCCUGUGUGUACCGUCCGCCCUCGCUGAAAGCUGUUCAGAGGAUGGCCCAGCUUCACCUGCAGUCUCUAGGUGCCGACCCCCCCAUGGGGAAAGGGGAAGGGGAGAGGGAGGAGGAGGAGGGUGAAGAGGAGGAGAGGGAGGGAGAGGAGAGCUCCUCAGACUCUGAGCGGGAUACAGCCAGCCCUGCAGAGACCCAGCCUGACUCUGAGACCGAGGUCAGCGCAGGCCACAAGGGCCAGGCCUCGCAGGGCUCAGAGGUCAGAAGACAAGAAGAGCCUGACCCAAAGACAGCCCCACCCAAGGAAGAGACAGAGCGAACGGAGAGAGAAGAGAUGCUGUAACAGACUGCGCACCAUCACCGAGAGAGAGAGAGAGAGAGAGAGAGAGAGAGAGAGAGAGAUUUUUUUAUCACCACAUUUAAUAUCAUACCCCGUUAAUUAUCACGAUUUUUCAAAACCCACUCGCUUAUUGUCACGUUUUGUGCAGUCUGUGUGGGCGGUCUUAACAGUUACAAAACACCAACGUCACCAAAUUUUUAU